CGCGCACGACGACGACGAUGCCUCGUGGGAUCGGCUCGCUCGGCCUGACUCGGCGUUGCGACGUUGGAGCGUGUUAGUGCGCCUCGAACGCUUUCUACAGAACGGAGCUUCUCUUCUGCCGGGUGUAAUCUCCACGUGUAUGGUUGCGCGUCGUCACUCUCUUCCGCGCGCGCGAGCGAGUCUCUCUUCGCCAUCAGCGCCAUUUUGGUGUACCGGGACGUGUGACUUUUCUCUCCAUCUCUCAGCGCGAGCGAGCGAGCGAGCAGAAUUUCGCCGGAGCGGAAUGCAAACGGUCGUGCAGCAAACUCGACGUCGAGUCGCUCAACAGUCAUCCGCUGGGACCAAGUCCUGGAGGCCUUAUCGUGUGUGCACGGUGUUCGCCGGAAGCGAGUUGACCUGAGGGAGGAUGCGACGAGGGUGGUACCGUGAGCGGCAGCUGUGAGAAAAGUGCGACGCGACGCGACGCGACGCGACGCGACGCGACGGUCGACCCGGAGUCGUUCGACGACUCGGUUCCGCGGCUUCCUCCGAGCUCAUCCGAGAGUUCGAUCUCGUUCGAUCAGCUCGUUAACACGUCCGCUCUUAGACCCUUCAGGCUCACCCUUCGAGUUCCUUCUCGGCUUUGGAUCUGCUUCGACGAUCCCCGUUCUUACUUGCUUGUCCCCCCCCCGAUCGGCAAACUUCCGCAGCAGGUGUUGCGGAACUUAUAUCGGUCGUCGUUUCGAAGCGUCAAGCGAAUCGAUAUACACUGGCAAUUCUCAUCGAAUCGUGGAAUCUCCAGUCUCCGCGGACUUUCAGAUCUUCCCCCCUCCCCCAAAUCGGCUUUCCACAGCGACCCUGCUUGACCCUCGAACCUCCGAAAGUCGCUUAAAUCUCCGCGUAUCUUCGUACAUCCGUACAAUCGUAGUCGAUUGGCAGUCGGUACCGAUUUGUUGAAAAUUACUCCAAAGUCGCAUUGUAAUCUCGUCUUAUCGGCUACUCAUUGAACUCGAGUACCCGGCGGCUCUAAGGAGUGGGGGGAUUACAGAAUGAUAGAUUAGAUCGAGCAAACGAUUCGGCCGCCCGAAGAAAUCCCCCCAGCAUCGCGACGUCUCCGAGGGAGCAGUAAUCACCAGCGUCGUCGUCGUCGUCACACGCUGUGGAUUUUCAUCGUCUGCAAUUUUCAGUGGACCAUGUUGGAAGUCGCCGUGCAGCAUGUCGAUGUCGCACUUUCCACAGCCACCGAGGAUGUGGGAGAUGGGCAUCAAGGGCACGAAAACGACACCGAUUCAUAUUCGUUGUCACAUCUCGAUCCACCCACCGACAGUGUUUACAUGAUAUGUGGGGUGCUGAUUGCUAUGGUUCUAGUGGGCGUCAUCAUCGUCCUGCUGGCCGUAACGAUCAGCAAGCUGCGAAAGCGCGAGGAUCAUCACUCGAGCGCGGGCGCGGUGCACCCGGAGGCGACGGUGGUGCAGACGGCGACAUCGCCGCCGGCGGCGGCGACGGCGGCGAUCGUCGGGGCUCAGCACCAUCCUGACGGCUGUUGCACGCAGAUCUCCACGACUACCACCGUGUCGACCGAUCUCGGCAACACCUGCGACGAGCACCAUGUCUACGCCAUGGCGACAGCGACGAUGACGACGCCGUCCGCUAAUCCGGUCGAGCCGUUCGCGUGGCAGUUCCCGCCCCCGUACCCGCCGCCCCACAUGCCGCCGGCGCAGUACGCGUUGUACAACGACCAGGAUAACCUUGUACACGCUCUGCCGCCGGACCGGUCUGGAUUCGCGAAGGGUUUCCGCAAGAACAUCGGCGGGCGCUGGCGUCGGCUGGUGAAGCGGAAACCAGAGUCGGAGACCUGCGCCAUUCCCCCCGAGCUGAAGGAUCAGCUGAAGACCAUCUACGUGUACUGACGGCCCACGGGCCUUACCCGAGUGCACUCAGUCCGGACGUGAGAAAUCGAGCAGAUAGAUGGAAAGUGCGAGGAGGAGGAGGAGGAGGAGGUUUGGUAUGGAGUACAAAGAGGACUCGAUCACGAGGAAGGAUGCUGGACCAAGAGGUGCUUCGAUGCGGAGGGAUCCGAGGAGAGCUGGUGACGGGAAGCUGGCGCGGUUGGUCCGGCGACAUAUCAGCAAGUGCCUGAAGAAGACACGCAGCAAAGUGCCUUCUUUUAUUCCACGAAAGCGCCUUUCUUUCAUGAGACUGAUAACGCGAGAGAAAUCGCGAGAUAUAUAAUGGGUGCGACAAAGCGAGUUACCUCGUAGCUUCUGCGUGCGCGUAGUUUCUGCGCGAGAUUAGUAUAGGCGAGAGAGAGAGAGAGAGAGAGAGAGAGAGAGAGAGAGAGAGAGAGAGAGAGAGAGAGAGAGAGAGAGAGAGAGAGAGAGAGAGAGAGAGAGAGAGAUCCGCCGUAGCUCGGCUAAACCGAGUAUUAGUAUUAGCGUGAUCGGCUGGACUACGUUAAGUGCGGGCAGCGCGCGAUCGGACGAGCGUGUUCGGGCUUGAGCCGGGGACUUGGCGCGGAAAGAAGAGAAAAACGAAAGCUACCUAGGGUCACGAGACUUGUGUGGAACUCUCGAUAGUACUAUUGGCUCUUCGAACUCCUCCGGAGAGAAGAAUAGUAAAGAGAAAAACCUUUCUCGAGUUCUUUGUCUCUCACGAUCUUUUUCAACCUUUCGUUACGACCGAGCUCGGCUGCAAAACGAAAAUGUGAUCGAAACACGAUCAUGUCUUGUGUCAUGUUGGCUGACCUGUAGUCAGCAGCCGUUCUCGAAGGUGCGAGUACCGUUUCUCAACGGACAACUCGGUAGCGACAAGGUUAAAAGAUCUCGUGCUCAGACGGCUCCAAUUUUAUCGCUAAUCUUCCAUUACCUCCAUGACGGCUACAAAGUUUCGAUAGUUUGAGCGUGAUGAUGAGAAACACCACCGGUUGUUCUGAAUAAUUUUUCCUGCAGAGACUGCGGCGGACUAGGGGAAUAGAACAUUCGCAAAAGAAAAGAGCAAGCUUUCGAUUUUCUUCACUUCUUUCUCUUUCUCUUCUCAGUCCCGAUCGCGCGACUCGUGACUUGCAGGAUGAGCUGGCAGUCGUUGUCUCCGUGGGCGAUCCAACUGGGAAGCUUUAAGUAUUAGGAACGAGAGAUAGCAUACGUAUUUUACUACUUGACGUGCAAACUAGUCGUACAAUGGACGGCGGGAACACUCGGCGGAUACCGUGUGUUAUUCAUGCCAUUUUCCCCGACGAAACAAUACAACGAACUCCGUAACAACUCGUAUACGUAUCCAGUCAAAGCGAAUCGGAUCUAUGACCCGUCGCCCUUGAAGCAGAGCCGACGAACAAAUAAACUCGACUCACUUUGAUUUCGUCGCUUGUACAUGAAUUUCCUCCUGUGAAUAGUUGGACUACCUGCUCAUCCUGCUGUCGACCACUCGCUCGCUCUCGUAAUGAGCUAUCGCCGAGGCCGCCGACGUAGAAAUCGUAUAAAUGAAGUGUAAAAAGGAUUCUAAGACGAAGCCCGCGGGAUAACUGUCGAAAGGUAAACAGUCCUCCUCUGUGAGUAACACGAACUUUGUGUACACAGAGAGAGAGAGAGAGAGAAAAAAAGAGAGAGGAAGGGGGGGGGGAAGAUUGAAGAAACAGAGAUUGAGGAUAAAGAUAGAGAGAAAGAGAUUAAGUCGAUCAACAAGCGGAUUUUUGUAUUCCUAGGAUUAUAAAAAACCUCGAGGACUCGGAAGGGAUCGCCCUCAGAGUUUGAAGAAUUCCGAGGGUCUUCCCGCAGAACGGCAGUAAAAAAGAAGGUUAUGGGAUAGGGAGGGAGAGAGGGAAACAAUAUAACGCGGCGUCUCAUAGUAAUAAUAAGUUAGACCAAUUUAAGAUUAUCGAAACUAUUAUCACACUACGGCUCAUAUUGAGCUCGCAACUAUCGCGACGCUGACGUGGUAUUAUUUCACUCGUACGCUCGCAUUGACCCUUUAAAUCGAUGUUUGACCAAUACCUCAACGCAGUCGACGAGAAUAGAG